ACAAGAAUAUGGAGUUCAUAUGGUGGAUCGCUAAUCGAUUAACUAGCUAUGACGAAGAGAUGCAUAAAGAGAUACUUGAAGACUUUUUCACAGAUGAUGCCCGAUAUAUUCAUCCUACACUCACAGUAGAAGGCAAGUACAACAUUCGAAAGGUCUUUCGCGUGUGGACUUCAUUGAACAAGGACGAGCCUGAGGUCACAAACAUUGUAUUCGAUGGACACACGGCCAUAAUCUCGUUGACUCAGAACUUGAGACCGCGCCUCUUUCCUUUUGUGCACCUUCAGAUCCCUGCAACGACAACUCUACAUUUUCGGGACUCCGAGAUUGGACCGAUGAUUUACAGUCAGCAAGAUUCGUGGACUUUGGAGGGCAUUGUGCAGAGUAUGCCUUUACUCGGCUGGUGGUACGAUCACAUUGUCCGCAAUAUAUUAGGAUCUGUUUUGACAAGCGCUGGGGGGUUUUUGCACACAGCCAACCAAACGACAGAGUACUUGCAAUUUAGAGCUGAAGAGGUUCAAAAGAUUUCAGCUGAAAUCAUUGAAAAAUCCAGUGUUGAGAUCCAACAGCGCUCAAAGGAAAUGACACUUAGAGCACAAACCAUGGUUGACCAAGCCAAGGAUACAGUCGAAAAGCGUGUAGCAUCAGCAAAGGAAGAGGUCCAGAGGAUGCGGCAAAUGAUGAGGCCGCAGAUAGUUACUAAGGCUAUCACUAGCUCUGCCACUCUAUCUGUAACAGCCCCUUGAAUAUACUGGCCUUCGAUCCUUAAUAAUAUACCUCUGACCAUAGUGAA